CAUUUGCAUCAUUCUCUCUAGAAGUGAACAACAGAGAACAUUCAACUCGAACGAUACCGUUUCAUUCCUUUGUGUUUUGGUCGUCUUUGGUUGUUCCUUGUUAUGGUUCCUUGACCACUGACCCUUCUUCUUCUUCUUCUUCUUCUUCUUCUUCCAUCGCGUGUGUUCAUGGUGUAGUGACCAAAUGAAGUGCUUCCAUUUCUCAAACGGCGAGCGGCGAGGCGAAGAUGAAGACGGCGGAGCCGGCGGUUCCAGCUCAAGAGGAUCAAGGGUCUCAUGGGCGCGCUCUCUCAGCCUCAUGGACACUCGCAGGUCCGAGUUUGACUCAACUGGGUCAAGAGACUACUCCGACACGGUGGGCUUCCACGAGUUCCUCUCUCUCCGGCGAGCCAACAACCUUCGCCUCUUCUCCUUCUCCGACCUCAAAACCGCCACGCGUGGCUUCAGCAGAACCCUCUUGAUCGGCGAGGGAGGCUUCGGUUCUGUCUACAGAGGACUCAUCGAUGAUUCCCAAAUCGAUGUUGCUAUCAAGCAGUUGAAUCGUAAUGGCCACCAGGGGCAUAAGGAGUGGAUUAAUGAAGUGAACUUGUUGGGGGUGAUCAAGCAUCCAAAUCUUGUGAGGUUAGAGGGUUACUGUGCAGAAGAUGAUGAAAGAGGGAUUCAAAGACUUUUGGUGUAUGAGUUUAUGCCAAAUAAGAGCUUGGAAGAUCAUCUCUUGGCUCGGGUUCCCUCGUCAUUUCUCCCUUGGACUACUAGAUUAAGGAUUGCUCAAGAUGCAGCUCGUGGCUUGGCAUACCUGCAUGAAGAAAUGGAUUUUCAGCUAAUAUUUCGAGAUUUUAAAACAUCCAACAUCUUGCUGGAUGAGGACUUCAAUGCAAAGCUAUCUGAUUUUGGACUUGCUAGGCAAGGACCCACAGAAGGGUCUGGUUACGUUUCAACAUCAGUUGUCGGCACUAUUGGCUAUGCUGCGCCUGAGUAUGUUCAUACUGGUAAGCUGACUGCUAAGAGCGAUGUCUGGAGCUUUGGUGUAGUUCUUUAUGAGCUUAUCACCGGGAGGAGAGCUGUAGAAAGAAACCUACCAAGAAAUGAACAAAAGCUUUUAGAGUGGGUAAGACCUUAUAUUUCUGAUCCUAGGAAGUUCCGUGUUAUUGUCGAUCCUCGGCUUGAAGGACAGGAUUGCAUAAAAUCAGCUCAUAAACUUGCAGUCCUAGCAAACAAGUGUCUCAUGAAGCAGCCAAAGUCCCGGCCGAAAAUGAGUGAGGUGGUUGAGAUUCUUGGAAACAUUAUUGACGAGACAGCUCCUCAGGAUGAAUGCAUCUCCCAAGCUGUUGUAGCGCCUGAAGAAGAAAAAGAAUUAUCUGUUGAGAACACUGCACCUGAACCAGCUAAACAGGGGAAUAGUUAUUUGAAGAAGGUUUUUGAAUUCAGAGACAUGGUCAGCUUUAGAAAUAAGUCUAUUGGAAGAUUGGAUUGGAAAAGUUGGGCGCCUGGGCUAGUAAGAACAUGGUGAUAACUGAUAAGUGAUCUCUAUAUCUUGUAAAGGAAAGUCUUCCAUUACUGUCGCCUGCUUAUGGCAAUGUUGGGUGAUUCAUUCGCAUAGUUUUCAGCCAGCAUUGGCAGGUACACAGUUAACAACUGAUAUACAGCCAAUUUUGUGUUAAUUAAUAGUUGUAUGAAUCUAUGUACAGGAUAAUUUUGAAAGAAGCUAUAAUAUUAAGUGACUUCUCCUUCUCAAA